AUGAUGAACCAGGAUCACAUUCUUCGCGCUUCCCAAGACGACGACAUGGAAUCGUUGGUACUCCACGACGACGGCGACCAUGACUCCUCCGGCAACCUUCAACAACAGCCGAAGAGUACUGAAUCGCCUUUCAAUUCGUUUCUUGACCCUCCGUCUUACGCCGAAGCGAUAUUCACUUCGUUUGAUUCCAACGGUCAUGAUCAAACCCUAGAACAGUCGACACGAUCCGGAUCCGAAUCUGAAUGCAUGCAAAUCUCGGUUUCCGAUCCGCAGGAGGAGCAAGAACUCACGAACUCACUUGUUCCCGGUGGAAGCACGUAUCAUACUUAUCUCAUCACGACGAGGACAGACAAAUCGGAAUUCGGUGUGAGGAGAAGGUUCCGGGAGGUGGUUACACUGUCGGAGCGAUUAUCGGAGGCGUAUCGUGGUUAUGUGAUUCCGGUGCGACCGGAGAAGAGUUCAGUGGAGAGGAAGGUGAUGCAGAAAGAGGAGUUUGUUGAGCAGCGGAGGGUUGCUUUGGAGAAGUAUCUGAGGAAGUUAGGGUCACACCCUGUGAUUGGGAAGAGUGAAGAGUUGAGAUUGUUUUUGGAAGCUCAGGGGAAGUUGCAGUUGGUGAGGAGCACUGACGUUGCGUCGAGGAUGCUCGAUGGAGCGGUGAGGCUUCCCCGGCAGCUGUUUGGUUCGGAGAGUGUGGCGGUUGACUUGAAUGAUGUGGCUCAACCUGCUAAAAGUGGGAGAGACUUGCUUAGGAUUUUCAAAGAGUUGAAACAAUCUGUUACCAAUGAUUGGAGUGCUGCCAAGCCAUUGGUUGUGGAAGAAGAUAAGGAGUUUAUGGAGAAGAAGGAUAAGUUGAUGGAGUUUGAACAACAACUUAGCAAUGUUUCUCAGCAGGCUGAAUCCCUUGUCAAGUAUCAGCAAGACAUGGGUGAAACAAUGGGUGAGCUAGGGUUGGCUUUUGUCAAACUUACUAAAUUUGAGACAGAAGAAGCCGAAUUCGAAUCUCAGAGAGUACGAGCUGCUGACAUGAAAAAUGUGGCAACCGCAGCUGUCAAAGCAAGCAGGUUAUAUAGAGAGCUGAAUACACAAACAAUCAAACAUCUGGAUAAACUACAUGAAUACCUUGGGACAAUGCUAGCCAUCAACAAUGCAUUUUCCGACCGAUCAAGUGCUUUGUUGACGGUUCAAACGCUCUCAUCAGAACUAGCUUCUUUACAUUCACGAAUUGAGAAGCUCGAAGUUGCUUCAUCUAGAAUAUUUGGCGGAGACAAGUCUAGGAUGCGGAAAAUUGAAGAGUUAAAAGAAGCCGUGAAAGUAACUGAAAACGCUAAAAUUUGCGCAGAUAGAGAGUAUGAACGAAUCAAGGAAAAUAAUAGGAGUGAGCUUGAAAGAAUUGACCAGGAAAGGCAAAGUGACUUUCAAAGCAUGCUGCGAGGGUUUGUUGUCAAUCAGGCAGGCUAUGCUGAGAAGAUGGCUGCUGUGUGGGAGAAGCUUGCGGAAGAAACGGCUAUGUACUCGAGAGACAACAGUUAA